AGCCUGCCAUUCAACACGACGAAGAGUCUCCUCUUUCCUUCUCAGUGCAGUCUCACUCCAUUUCCAAUUGGAGACGAGUUCUUAGUCAUCAACACGAGAUAGGAAUUGAUUCAAACAUUGUUGAAUCGUCCGAGUUUGAAGUAGCUCAUGUGAGAAACAAACGACAAGUCACACUUGAACAUGUCGUUGAUGAUUCCAAGCAAUAAUGACGACAGUAGUACCACCACCAAACCCAGACGCUCGUCAUUGCAGAUGUUUCCAUUUGAAAAAGCUCUCCGAACGUUCGUUCUCAUCGGUUGCUUGGUUGGCUUCCUGACCAUUGUCCUGGACCAAGUGUGGAAGUUCUAUCUCAAGGAAAGAACCACUGCCUCAACUUAUCAUACGUCUGACUACUUGGAUUUUCCCAUAGCCGUUUUCUGUCCCACUCGAAGCUUCAAUUCGAGUGACCCUCCCGAAGACAUCAAUAUCACCCAAGAAGUCUUCGAUCGGCACGCCAAAGAUGUUUGGGUAAAAUACCACAGCUUUGGUACCCAAGAGUUUCAAAGCGAACCCGAGAUCGUGAUCGGCCACUGGCGCACCAUUUACACCAUCUAUAACGGUCGAUGUAAGAGUUUCAGUUUCACCAACCGCUCAUUUCCCACUCGAAAGUAUGCUCAAUUCCAUUUGUCGGUCGAUCAAGGACCGGUUGCCGUGUUCUUUCUUCGAGAUCGAAUUGAAGAGCUCUUUUUGUCCACAAUGACGUGGAUCAGCGAUAUUCCAAGUACGAUCGUCCAAACGGAUACGUUCAUCACGCUGGAUCAUUCGAUCUCGGUGCUAAUGAGUCUGCCGGAUCGAGUGUGCUCUCCAGAAGCAACUUUGGAAAGUUUUGGAAGCUGUCUCGCCGUAGAAUUGGAGGACUUGAUCCUUGAGCGUGGCUUCAAUUGCAGCCCCAUUCAUUUCUUGCCUUACUUGAAGCGACUCAGUGGCAAUGAAUGCCAAACUCCGCAAGAUAUCGGGACGAUCCUCAAGUUUGGGCAAGCCCUUUUGGUGAGAGGAGUUCGAAACGGAAAUGGAACGGGCAAAUGUCAAAAGCAAUGCACGACACAUUAUAGUAUUCCUUUGAGCACGCCUUUGGCAUCAGAUAGAGCCUUAAUUUCAGCAGCGUCCAAGAAAAGCGACACAUAUUGGACAUUCACCUUUGGCUUUAAUUGCGUGACCACCACAACUCAUACCGAAAUGUUCCUGUACGACACAGCGGAUAUUGUAGCGGCCAUUGGAGGCGCUCUGGGCAUGUUCCUGGGAUGGUCUUGCUAUCAAAACUAUAUCAUCAUCCGGGAUGUGACCAAAAAACGCCUGAAGUCAGCCCGCCAAUCCAUCUCAAAAUACUGACACACGUAUCGUGCAUCUUUCAAGCAGCAUAUGUAUAGUAGGUAUUACAGAAGCUUUCAGAACUAAAGUAACCCGCCUUUUCUCAUUUGAUUCAUGGUGAUCGAUGGGAAUGUUGCGACAAAACUCGCACUGGUGACUACAAGGGUGGCUCCGUUUGGCCUUCAUUCAGCAUGAAAAGGAGCAGCCAUUCAUUUGCAAAACUUUCACGCACCAAUUUGAUAAGUUUUGCUUUCAUGGCCAGACAUGCAAAGUGGAAUUUAUCCCCAUGGCCAUUCCAGCAGAAGAAGAAAAAAAAGAAAGGAAUGGUCGCCAUUCAAUAACAAAAAAAGUAAGAAAGAAGAACGACACCCGUCGGCCAACAGAAUGCAAAAUUCACAUAGAUAUGGUCCCGUGAACCAUGAAAUCUACAUUUGCACCCUCCCAGGCACCCCUCCACCCCCCCUCCCGCAUGAUGUAUCCAUGGCAUCGUCAAUGACUAUUGACAGGCCACCCCAAGAAGGUUCAAGAUGUGCACUUUUCCUCAAAGAAAGCGGAUGAAUAGGACCAAGGGAUCUUGUGGGCGAAUUCUGCACGAUCCACAGAAGGCAUUCCUCGUUGAGAUGGAAUAAGAAUUCCCACAACUUCUUUUCCACAGAAGGAAAAAGUGUUGUUCUGAUGAAAAACAAAAUUGAUAAUGAAGAGCCACUUCUGUUUGCUUUGAUUGUAGAUUCAAUCAAUUUGAAUUCUAUGAUUUCAGUCUCAAUGCAACUUCAUUUUGUUUAUCUGAUCUUUGGGUCAAUACAUCUUAAAUGAAUGAAUGAGCACAUA